AUGCGACGACUGGAACAAGUUGUUAUACACAAGUUGAAUCUGCAUAAAGGUCGUCCGAGAUCAAAAAAGAAGUCACUGGAACCUAAUAACGAAGACGUAGGGCGUGCAAAGGGAACUGGUGAUAAAGGCGCAAAUAUUCCGCAGGGCAUGGAUACGAAAAAUUUGCAACAGCAGACAACAGAUGGCGCUACCGUUACUUCAGAACUUCCGAAUGUGCUGUUUCCACCGGAAGGACCGAAGGUACAGAAAGUCUUGCCGCCUUCAGAAGUCCCGGAUGUGCAGGAAAUGCUCCCACUCGCAAUUUCUGCCUGCAAAAGUGUACCGCUGAACUUAUCAUUGAAGUAUAUUCCCAAGCAGCUGGAUCGUAACGGUCAGAAGAAUGCCUACAAGUGGGUUGUACUCGUUAUGAGGAAAAUGCAUGAGUUGCUUGCGAAUAAGCCGGAGAACUGUACCACCGGAGAAAGAGCCCAUAAUGGAAUGGAAAUUACCGCCGGAGAAAGGGCCUGUAAUGGGCCUAAUAUCGAAGACGUAGGGCUUGCAAAGGGCACUCGUGAUAAAAGCGGAAAUAUCCCGCAGGGCAUGGAUACGAAAAAUUUGCAACAGCAGACAACAGAGGGCGCUGCCGUUACUUCAGAACUUCCGAAUGUGCUAUUCCUCCUUCCGGUGCAGUUUAUGGUACGGCGUUGGAAUAUUGUCUUGAACAACCUCGAUGAAACGCCACACGAUGCAAAUAUGGCGGAGCGGCUGCUCAAACUGCGAAGUGGCAUUUUGAAAUAUCUUACCAGUUUAGUGCCGAUAUAUCUAGAAAUCAAGGAAUCUGGUCGCCUCGACAUCAGCAAACUUACUCAGAAGAAUGACCAGUUGAGAGAGGAGAUGAUCAAUUGCAACUUGGGCGAGGCUGUUGCGAAUUGGGUCUUUUUUAAUCCAAAUUUGUCAGGAGAUUUCGAAGAUCAUCUGCAGUUUGAUGCGCCCACAGAUAGAGAAGCCGAUUCGUCUACAAAUGCAUAUUUACCGAUUAAAACGCAAAGUACACCACUACAGUUGCGAGUGCGCGAUUGUCUGGAUGUUAAGGGACCAUCCGGUUCAGCGGCUGGAGGAAGUUCUGGAGGAAGGCAGCAAGUCGUUCCAGGCAUUGUUCGACCUCCAUCACUGAUGUCGACACGGAAAUUAACAGGCAGCGUUUAA